AUGUCGGUUCUCGGAUUCGACAUUGGUAACCUCAAUUGCUACAUUGGCGUAGCACGCCAAGGUGGUAUUGAAGUUAUCACCAACGAUUAUUCAUUACAUGCCACACCUGCAUGUGUCGCAUUCGGUCCGAAAGAUCGUUCUAUGGGUGUGGCUGCCCGCCAGGCAGUCAACACGAACCUCAAGAACACCAUCCUUAACUUCAAACAAUUGAUAGGACGUAAAUAUUCAGACCCGAUUGCGCAAAAGUUUAUUCCAUUUGUACCUUGCAAGGUUGUUCAACUGCCAAACGAUGACAUCGGUCUUCAAGUCACCUAUAUGGGAGAGCAGCAGGUUUUCACUCCGGAGCAAGUUUUCGCAGCAUUGCUUACAAAAUUGCGAACUAUUGUCGAAUCGCAGCUUCCGGACGUUAAAAAAGUCUCGGACUGUGUUGUUACGGUACCAUCUUUCUUCACGGAUGUUCAACGCCGUGCAGUACAAGCAGCCAUCCAGUAUUCCGGAUUGAAUGCAUUGCGGGUUCUUAACGAAACUACCGCCGUCGCUUUGGCUUAUGGAAUCUACAAACAAGACCUUCCCGAUGAAGGCACCAAGCCUCGACAUGUGGUGUUCCUUGACAUUGGUCAUGCUUGCACGCAAGCUUCCCUUGUUGCAUUUAACAAGGGAAAACUUACGAUGUUAAACACCACGUAUGAUUUCGAAGCUGGAGGCCUUUGGUUCGAUAAUCUCAUUCGUGAGCACUUCAGACAAGAAUUUAAAUCCAAAUAUGGAAUUGACGCCGCUACUAACCCGCGUGCUUGGUUGAGACUCCUCGAUGAGUGUGAGAAGACCAAGAAGCAAAUGUCAGCUAAUCAAACACCAAUUCCUAUUAACAUUGAGUGCUUCAUGGAAGACAAGGAUGUUUCAGGAAAAAUGCAAAGAGCUGAGUUUGAAGAGUUGGCUAAACCAAUCUUCGAAAGAAUCAGGAAUGUUCUUGUCACUCUCUUCGACGGAGUUGAGGUUAAGCCACAAGACAUUGAUGAGAUCGAGAUUAUCGGAGGAUCCUCACGUAUUCCAAUGAUCCGCAGGAUUAUUUUCGACUUAUUCCAAAAGGAACCUAAAACAACCAUGAACCAGGACGAAGCUGUUGCUCGUGGUGCUGCCAUGCAGUGCGCGAUUCUCUCGCCAACAUUCCGUGUUCGCGAGUUCUCUGUUAAGGAUUCGCAACCGUAUAGAAUUCAAAUCUCGUGGAGUGGUGGCGCCGCUGAGGGAGGGGAGUCUGUCGCUUUCUCCGAGCGUGAUGAGUUCCCAUUUUCCAAGAUGGUCACACUUCAUCGUCAAGACACAUUCAAAAUUGAUGCUCAUUAUGCGUUCCCGAAUCAAGUACCACACACUCAAGUGCAUCUUGGAAGCUGGCAAGUUUCAAAUGUUAAACCUGCACCCGAAGGAGGUCCGAGAAAGGUGAAGGUGAAGGUUCGCGUCAAUCCUAAUGGAAUCUUCUCUGUCUGCUCUGCUACUAUGUAUGAAACUCAGAUAGUUGAAGAGGCGCCGGCUGAGCCAAUGGAAGUUGACAAUCAGCCGAAUGUUGAGGGUGCCGCUCCACCAGCGGAGGCGGAACCACCAAAGCCGAAAACCAAGACAAUUUCAAUCGAAUUGCCAGUCACUGAAUCAAUUCCAGUGCACUAUGACGUUCCUAAGUUCGCCGCUAUUGAGCAACAAAUGCAAAAGGCUGAUGCGAAAGAGCGCCAGAAGGCUGAUGCCAAAAAUGCGCUCGAAGAGUACGUCUACGAGAUGCGCGAGAAAGUUUCGGACCAAUAUCAGGAAUUUAUCUCACCAGCGUCCGCUGAAGCUUUCCGCUCUGAUUUGACCGCGACCGAGGAUUGGUUGUAUGAAGACGGAGAAGACGCUGAGCAAGCUGUUUAUGAGAAACGUUUGUCCGAAUUAAAGAAUGUUGGAACUCCUGUUGUAGAACGGUACAGAGAAUUUGAAGCUAGAAAGCCUGCUUUUGAUGCUUUUGACCAGUCUAUCAAUCGGGUUCGCAAGGCAUAUGAAGACUACGUAGCUGGCGGAGAAACUUACGCGCAUCUUGACAGCAAGGAUAUGGAGAAGGUGAUCAACGCCAUCGAUGACAAGAAGAAGUGGUUGGAUGAGGCUCGUCACAAGCAAGACUGUCGUCCAAAAACUGAACCACCAGUGGUUUAUGUUGAGGAGAUCAAUCAACAAAGAAAUGCUUUUGAGAACAUUGUGACUCCAAUUCUCACUAAGAAGAAGCCAGCUCCUCCACCACAACCAAAGAAGGAAGAGGCUGCUUCGCAAAAAGCUCCAGAAGCUGGUGAUCAAGCGCAGAGUCAGCAAUCCGAAAUGGACGUUGAUUAA